CUCAGUGCGUUAAAAUGAAAGCCUACGUAGCUCUCAAAAGCAUGGUACGGCGAGGAAUGGGAAAUCGAGGACAGGAGUAACAAGACCAAAAGUGCAGGGGUAUCUUUUUUUUGUUCACGCCAAGAGAUCGGCGUUUUCCUAAUCGAGUCUCCCUCACUACUGUGGCCACUUCUGAUCGAUGUCCUCUUCCUUAACAAAUAAUGGCCUCCGUACUUCAAUAAGUGUCGUGUGCGAUGGGCUCAUCCGCCAGUACUCAUGGCUCAGCUAAGGUUUCGGGCGAUGCGGUCACCACUGCGGUUCGCAAACGUCCAUUCAACGACCUGGUCUGCCGUGACGACCUCCCGGACGAAUUAGCAUGGGCAGAUAUAGGACCGAAAUUACCAGGGCCACUUCCUUACACCCGCCUGGCCUCGGACGAGAUCCGGAUGGUGAUCCUUUACGCUGGGGAUCAGUCCUCCGACCUGCGCCUCACCACCGAAGUCCGCAAGAUCGAGGAUGCUGAGGGCGAUUAUGCCGCACUGUCAUAUGUCUGGGGUGACCCGACGGAAACGAGCACUAUCUACGUUGAUCGGCACGAAUUUGCAGCAACAAAAAACUUGGUGGCAAGCCUGCACCAUCUUCGACAGUUGCUUCAGGGGGAGGAGACACUACCGCUGUGGAUUGAUGCGAUAUGCAUCAACCAAAGUGAUGUCGAGGAGCGUAAUGCCCAAGUGUCCAUGAUGAAACAGAUUUACGAGAAAUCGAUCCUGGUCAUCAGUUGGCUGGGGGAAGCUGGCGCCAGAGGCCUCAAGUAUCUGGAUGAACUGGCUGACUGGGUACACGGUCAACCCGACGAACCUAGAAGCGAAAGCUCCCAGAAAAGGCCGAUUUCGUUUAAAAUACAUGUCAAGGAACGAUUCCAGGAGAUGAAAGACGCUGCAAGAAUUGUUGCCAACCCAUACUGGAUGCGUGUUUGGACGGUUCAGGAAUACACAUCACCGCGUCUUGGAUUCUUCUUGUGCGGCAACAGCUGGAUGGACAAGAGCAAGCUUACCCCCUCUUUACAAGCUUAUUUACAAGCUCUUCGAGCGCUGAGAGCCGGGUACGAGAAGGCACCGAACAGGAAUGCUUUCUUCGUCGAUGUCACCAUCUGGGAGGUGGAGAAAGUCAUCCAACGCCACAAGCUGAGCUAUGCGCGCGCCGCAUCGGAGUCCGAGAUCAACGACGGAAUCAAGAGAUUUACAAUCAUGUCCAUGCUUCUAAAAUUCCGAGACCUGAGAGCGACCGACCCUUUGGACAAGGUGUUUGCUCCGCUUUGCAUGGCUCUCGAAGAGCAUGAACUGGCUCAGAGUAUCCCCGUCGACUACAGCAGCUCAGUCAGAAAAAUAUUCACACGCGUCGCAGUCUCUUGCAUGAAGAGCCCUGAAUGGCCAUUUGGUAUCCUGGAACUUUGCAGGUUUGGUGUUGCGUCCGACCUUCCUUCCUGGGUGCCCGACUGGAGAACGUUGCCUCGCAAGGUCUUGUCUCGAGAUGUAAGAACAGGCCAGCCGAUUUUCUCUGCUAGCAAAGGCAUGUUCCCGUCAACGUCAUCACCGCAAUUCCUUCUCUUAGAUGAUGCUGCUCUCCAGCUCAAUGGAAUUCGUGUUGGUACUCUAAGCCAAGUCUGGGACCCAAUGUAUUCCCAAGAAUUGAAGGACAAGACGGAAUUUUCCAUGACAGUUGUUGAUGCAGACUGCGAAUACUUUGUGACGGGCGAAAAAAUGUCAGACGCAUACCGCAGGACGGUGAACCCCACUGGACACGGAGAUUAUCCAGAUCAAGUCCCCGGGACAGACCUUGUCCUGUUAACCCAAAGUCAAUGGAGGAAUGAGCGAGGAAUCGUGGGGCGGAUAAAUCGGAGGCGAGUUGCCCAGACGAAUAACGGCCUCAUUGGUCUCGUUCCAUCAGAAGCGGAGACGACAGAUGAUAUCUGGUUGAUUAGAGGUGGAGGCGUAUUUUAUGUCCUUCGCCCUGUUGGCGAAAACAGAUAUGUACUCAUUGGAGAAUCAUUCUUCCACGGAUUGAUGGAGGGAGAGCUGGCGAAGUUUCCGAAAGUCGAAUUGUCUCUGCCACAGGAUGUCAUUCUUGUAUAAGAGACAGAUAGGAUGCUGCUGAUGACCUGAGCUGGGAAAGCCAAACUACUUAAGUUACGCAAUCUGAUUGACACCUAUAGAUUUCCCCGACCCCAGAUCAUCGUUAAAUUACAUAAUAAUGAGAGGUUAACUUACCAUCUUUGUGAUCUUCCAAUGGAGUGGC